GGAAGUGUGGGCGGAGCCUCCGCAGGGUUCCGGUGCGGGCGGGGAAGAUGGCGAGCACCAAGAGGGUGCUGUACGUGGGUGGGCUGGCGGAGGAGGUGGACGAGAAGGUUCUGCACGCCGCCUUCAUCCCCUUCGGGGACAUCACCGACAUCCAGAUCCCGCUGGACUACGAGACCGAAAAGCACCGGGGAUUCGCUUUCGUUGAGUUUGAGCUGGCAGAGGAUGCAGCAGCAGCUAUUGACAACAUGAAUGAGUCUGAGCUCUUUGGCAGGACAAUUCGGGUGAACCUGGCUAAACCAAUGCGAAUUAAAGAAGGGUCAUCCAGGCCUGUCUGGUCGGAUGAUGAGUGGCUGAAGAAAUUUUCAGGGAAGACUCUGGAGGAGAACACAGAGGAGGCAGGAGCAGAGGCCCCCAAAACAGAGGCACAGGAGGGUGAGCCUCCUGCCAAGAAAUCCCGGGUCAACCCUCAGGUUUUCAUGGACAUCAAGAUUGGAAACAAACCUGCGGGGCGGCUGCAGAUCCUCCUGCGCUCAGACGUGGUGCCCAUGACCGUGGAGAAUUUCCGCUGCCUCUGCACCCAUGAGAAGGGUUUUGGCUUCAAAGGGAGCAGCUUCCACCGCAUCAUCCCCCAGUUCAUGUGCCAGGCUGGAGACUUCACCAACCACAACGGCACCGGAGGCAAAUCCAUCUAUGGGAAGAAGUUUGAUGAUGAAAACUUCAUUCUGAAACACACGGGGCCAGGGCUGUUAUCCAUGGCAAACUCAGGCCCAAACACCAACGGCUCCCAGUUCUUCAUCACCUGUGAUAAAACAGACUGGCUGGAUGGGAAGCACGUGGUGUUUGGGGAGGUGACAGAGGGCAUGGACGUGGUGCGGCAGAUCGAGGCUCAGGGCACCAAAGAUGGGAAACCGAAGCAGAAGGUGAUUAUCUCAGACUGUGGGGAGUGCCCAUGAGCUCUGCUCCUGGAGAGGGCUGGAUGGGGGGGAGCCUGGACUGAGGAGUUGGCUGGGCUGGGGUGGUCCCACCACCCCCCUGGCAGUGCCCAGCUCCUGCUGAAGAUCCCUUGUGGCUCCUGGUGAAAUUCUCCUGCAAAGCUUGGUGAGAACGUGGCUGUUUAGAGCAGGGCUGGUUCUGCUGCCCUCUUCUGGAAAGACGUUAUGUUUAGGUAAAAAUAAAACCUUGUAUUGAAAAUAUUGCAGCCCUACCCCUGGCUGCUGGGUUCUGACAGUGUGAGGAUGGUCUUUGAGCAGAGAUGAUAUAUAAAUAUAUAUUUUUUAAUUU